AUGGCCCCUCAAAAGAUCCUCGUUAUUGGAGCCGGUGAAUUGGGUUUCCAGGUGCUCCAUGCCUUGGCAGCCCAUCCAAGCAAMCCCGCCACAAUUGCGGUGCUGCUACGUCCCGGCAGUAUCAACAGUACUUCAAGACAAAAGCAAGAACAGAACAACACCUUACGCAAGAUAGGUGUGCAGCUCAUCCCGGGUGACAUUGUCGAGAAUUCGGAAGAAAUACUGUCAUCGAUCUUUGCUUCUUACGACACUGUAAUCGGUUGCAGUGGCUUUGUUUCUAGCAAAGCUAUCCAGACCAAGCUGGCGCGCGCAGUAAUCGCAGCAGAAACACCACGCUAUAUUCCGUGGCAGUUUGGCGUGGACUAUGACGCUAUCGGGCGUGGCUCACCACAAGAUCUCUUCGACGAGCAGCUGGAUGUGCGCGAUCUGCUGCGGGCACCGGGGCAGACUAAGACUCGCUGGACAAUUAUUUCCACGGGCAUGUUUACAAGCUUCCUUUUUGAACCCUCCUUUGGCAUUGUGGACCAGGAAAAUGGUGUUAUCAAUGCUUUGGGAAGCUUAGAAAACCGUGUCACCGUCACCACACCAGAAGAUAUCGGAGUUUUGACGGCAGAAAUCGUGAUGAGAGACUUGUUCGACAAUCAGCCAAUUUUCAUUGGUGGCGAUACAGUCAGUUAUGAGCGUCUAGCACAAUUGAUUGAAGCCAAAACUGGAAAGCCUUUCAAAAGAAAUGUUCUUGAAGUUGAGAACGUGCUAGCUGCUCUAUCAAAGGAUCCAGAUAACGGACUGCUCAAAUAUCAGGCUGUUUUUGGUCAAGGUCGCGGUGUGGCGUGGGAUUUGGCUUCAACCUGGAACAAGCGGCUUGGAAUACAUACGGAGUCAGUAGAGGAGUGGCUGACCAAGAACUGGGCCUAA